GCGCGCGCGCGCGCGCGCGCGUGUGUGUCUGGCGCCUGUCCAAGGUGAUUUCCCAUAAACCACAUGCCCCCACAAUCUCGCUUAAAAGGCUGUGCCGAGGAGCUGGCCGGUGGAGCCGGCUGGGGAAAAGUGAAAGUCAGCCUGGUGCUCUCCACGCCGCCGCCGGCUCUCCGCACUCCCAGGACAGCGGUGCGGCCCUCGGCGGGGCACGGACUCGGCGGCGGCCAGCGAGCCAGCGAGUGAGCGAGAGCGGCCGACGCGCCGGGCCAGGACCCAACUGCCCGUAUGACCGCGCGGGGCGCCGCCGGGCGCUGCCCUCUCACGACAUGGCUGGGCCUGUGGCUGCUGCUGGUCUGUCUCCUGGUGAGCGGGAGUAUUACCCAGGAGAAGAUGAAACAUUGUAGCCACAUGAUUGGAGAUGGACAUCUGCAGCUCCUGCAGCAGCUGAUUGACAGUCAGAUGGAGACCUCGUGCUUAAUUGACUUUGAGUUUGUAGACCAGGAACAGUUGAAAGACCCCGUGUGUUACCUUAAGAAGGCAUUUCUCCUGGUGCAAGACAGAAUGGAUGACACCAUGCGCUUCAAAGACAACACCUCUAAUGCCAAUGCCAUCGUGAAGCUCCAGGAACUCUCUGUGAGGCUGCAGGACUGCUUCCCCAUGGACUAUGAAGAGGACAAGGCCUGUGUCCGAACUUUCCAUGAGAAGCCCCUCCAGUUGUUGGAGAAGAUCAAGAAUGUCUUUAAUGAAACAAAGAAUCUCCUUAAAAAGGACCAGAACAUUUUCAGCAAGAAUUGCAACAACAGCUUUGCUAAAUGCUCCAGCCAAGAUGUGGUGACCAAGCCUGAUUGCAACUGCCUGUACCCCAAAGCCACCCCUAGCAGUGACCUGGCCUCUGACUCCCCUCAGCAGCCCCUUGCCCCCUCCAUAGUCCCUAUGGCUGGCUUGACCUGGGCUGACUCUGAGGGGACAGAGGACAGCUCUCUCUUGCCCAGUGAGCAGCACCUUCGCACAGUGGACCUGGGCAGUGCCAAGCAGCGACCACCCAGGAGUACCUGCCAGAGCUUUGAGUCACCAGAGACCCCAGGCAUCGAGGGCAGCCCCACUGGAGAGUCACCUCAGCCCCACUCCUCUGUCGGGGCUCCCAUCUCUGGGAUGGAAGAUGUUCUUGAUUCUGUAUUGGGCACUAACUGGGCCCUAGAAGAGGCCUCUGGAGAGGCUGGUGAGGGUCCUGUCCCCCAAGGGGCAGAGCUUUCCUCCUCCAGGCCAGGAGAAGGUAGCAUCCAGGCAGAGACCACCAGACCCGGCGACCGCUUCUCAGUAACUUCUCUGCUUUUCAAAUUGGCAAAGGGUCUGCAGCCAGCAUAUGUAACUGGCACCCCUCUGCCCAAGGUGGGUCCUGUGAGACCCACUGGCCAAGCGUGGAGUCACGCACCGGAGACGACAGACCGUCCACCUGCCCUGCCCAGAGACCACCAGGAGCCGGCCUCUGCCAGGGCCCCAUCACUGCGCCCGCAAGGCCUCAACGGUCCCUCCACCCUCUCUUCUCAGCCAAGGCUUCCCGACAGCCGCUUCUGGGGCCAUGUGCUGCCCCCUGGGGAGCUGGAGGGCAAGAGGAGCACCAGGGACCGGAGGAGCACCACAGAGCUGAAAGGAAGACGAGCAAGUGAGGGAGCGGCCAGGCCCCCAGCUGAUUUUAACUCCGUUCCUUUGACUGAUGCAGGCCCCGUCCCGCAGCCCCUCGUCCCCCAGCCCCGCGGGCUUGUCUCCCACCUGGUGCCCGGCGUCAUCCUGGUCCUGCUCGCCGUCGGCGGCCUACUGUUCUACAGUUGGAGGCGGCGGAGCCAUCAAGAGCCUCAGACAGUAGAUUCUCCCAUGGAGCAACCAGAGGGCAGCCCCCUGAACCAGGAUGAGGACAGACAGGUGGAACUGCCAGUGUAGAUGGAAUUCUAAGACCCCUCACCAUCCUGGUCGCCCUCCUUUGGACACACUCGUUUCUCAAUGUCCCUCUGAAAAUGUGGCGCCCAGCCCUCGACACAGUGCUCCAGACGUUGUCUAACCAGCUCAGAGUACAGUGGGACUGUUACCUUCCUUGAUCUGGACAGUAUUCUGCUAUUCAUACAGAUUAAGAUUGCAUUAGCUUUUUUUUUUCUUUUUUCUUUUUUUUUUUUUUAAACAACUGCAUCAUACUGUUGUCAUAUGUUGAGCUUGUGGUCUAUUAAAACCUCUAGUUCAUUUCCCAUAAACCUCUGUCAAGCUAUACUUGGACAACUUAAUCGUUUCAAACAAAGUGCAGUUUAUAUUCAGCCUUGUUAAAACCACCCUGUUAGUUUCUGCCCAUCACCUGAGCCUAUUAAAAUUGUUUUCCGUCCUAAUUCUGUCCUCCUAGCCCUCCCAAGUGCGUCUCCUGCACACUGAUUGUUGCCUUCUGUUGUCCUCCCCCGUGUUGUUGAUAAAGAGUGCUCCUUAUUACUUCUGGCCCCUGGAUCCCUGGUUCCAGGAGGCCCCACCCUCCUGCCUUCCUUCCCCUUUGUCCACAAUUAGUGUCAGGAAGCCUUCCUCCACCACCCUCUGGUUGUUCCUUUAGUUCAUAUCCCUCUGCUCUUUUGUAUUUGUUAAAUACCAUUUCGAUUUGCACUUAUUUGGAUAUUGUUUUUAUACAUAUAAAUAUUCUUAUUUUAUGUGUUUGUAUACAUUUGGCACCCCUAAGAAGGCUGUAAGCCCCUUGAGGGCAGGGACCGUGUCUUCCACUUUUUUUUGCAUUUCUUUUUCUAUCUCGGGUUCUAAUACAAAGAUGGCUUCUCUGCACUUGCCAAGAACUCAAUAAACGUUGACUGAUUGGCUUCAGGGCUGACUGACCAAUUGCUCUGGCCAGUUGUCUCUAACUUACCAGCUUUCUGGCUGACCAGUUAAUCAGCUAACUAAUUGACUCUGACUGAAUGGCGGACGAGCCAUUGGGUGACUCUGACUGACCAAUUGGCUGUCUGGUAACUGCCUAACUGGUUAGUUGUUGAUUGGGGCGUUUAUUGGCCAACUGACUAGCAGGCUGAUUGUCUGAUUGGCUGGUUGACUGGCUGGCAGACUGACUGGGGUGACCCAUUCGAGUUUCCACUCACACCCCAAAUGCCAAAUCCCAGCGAGUGCCUUAGGGCCUUCCCACAUGUAGAGUGACAUGUCUGGGCCACUCCUAGAAGAUAGAAGAUCUGACAAAUGUUCAAAGUCAGAGGAAAGCCUAUUUAGACAAGAGUAGAUGAAACACAUCUGUAAUCCUGGGGUCUACCUUGUUUGUCGAUACGGUAAGUGGGUCAAAUGGGAUGUUGGCAGGACUGUGAGGAUGACCCAGGCCCCCUGAGACUCCUAAGCAGAGGAUGGACUAAGGCUCAAUGCUGUACCACCUCUGACUAACCCCCAUGCCCGUCUUGGCCCUCUGUGCAUCUCUUCUACACUCCCACUCUCCUCUCUCUGCGUGCCUGCCCUCAGGCCUUCCUCCCCUCAAGAGUUCACGGAUAGAGGGAACCCAAGACAGGGGCCACAUCCAGACCCCUCCUUGGAUCAGUAGAUCUUGCCCUAAGGCGGUCUCCAGAUCAGGGACUCAGAGUCUCAGGGAGAUUCAGGGCUAGCCCCCAGACUGACUGCUGCUCUGGCAAGAAAGAUGAGAGAGGGACCCUCAGAAAGAACACACAGACACCUGCCCUUCCACUCCAGGGAACCAGGAGAUAGGGCAGUGGGCUGAAGCUUGCCUGCUUGGUCCUUCUCUCUUCUCCCCAGCAGGGCCUGUGGCCCAGCUGUACCCAUCCUGGCUCACAUCCAGCUUUGGCUCCCCCUUCCUUCUCCCUUCAGAGCAUGGGAAUGGGCUUGGAGCCAGAGGCUGUGGUCCCAUCUUUCCUCUUUACCCAUCACUGGCUUUGCCAGGAGGGCCUAUGGACAGUCAGGGAGAGGAGGUCCACAUAAGGUCCAAAGUCAAAUUGUUGGAUGGAGUCCAGGGGCUUUCUGGUCUGGGAACAAAGUGUUCUGAGGAUGCAGGGCAAGGGGACG